AUGUCCAGACAACCAGUCAUGAGGCGAUUCCAGCCUCCAGGCCGCGAGGCAUUGCGCCCCGACGCAGCCCCCACGUCGGCGCCGACAUUAUUGCACCCAGCUCCAAGCGUUUCUGGUGGCAAGCGAAGCACACCGAAGUCACGACAAGAUGAAUAUACUGUAGGAUGGAUAUGUGCGUUACCAGUGCCAGAAUGGCAAGCAUCUCAGAUUCUGCUCGAUGAAGAGCAUGAAGAUGUCUUAAUAUCACCACCAACGACAUACUCGUAUGUCUUUGGCAAAAUCAAUGGCCAUGGUGUAGUCAUGGGUUGCUUGCCAGAGGCUUCUAUGGGAACAACGUCCGCCGCUGCGGUAGCGGCCGAAAUGCGAGCUGUGUUUAAAGCUCUACGUUUCUGUCUCAUGGUCGGCAUAGGAGGAGGCGUCUGGAGUGAAAAGGCAGACGUACGCUUAGGUGACGUUGUCGUCAGCAGACCCGACCCAGUCGCCAGGACUGGUGGAGUCAUCCAGUGGGACUUUGGAAAAGCGAUACAAGGAGGAGAAUUCCAGAUGACGGGUUCGCUGAACUCGGUGCCGGAGACUCUGCUCUCUGCCGUAGGGAAGGUCAAGGCAACGCUACUUCACAAAAGCAAGUUUCCAGAAUACUUGAAAGCAUACAGUCAGUAUCAGGACUCAUAUCCGGAAUACGCCAAUCGGCCCAACGCACCAGAUCGGCUCUUCGCUCCUUCCUUCGAGCAUCCUCAAGGGAAGGAUACGUGCGAUAGUUGUCCCCGAGAACAAGAGAUCUUGCGGCCCGAACGGCCAUCCAACAGACCUGUGGUGCACUAUGGCACGAUUGCAUCUGGCAACGCUGUGAUGAGAGAUGGCGAGCGGAGAGAUCGCAUUGCUAGUCAGCACGGCGGUAUACUGUGCUUUGAGAUGGAGGCUGCUGGACUGAUGAACCGCUUCCCCUGCUUGGUUAUUCGAGGGAUUUGCGAUUACUGCGACUCUCACAAGAACAAGCAAUGGCACUCAUAUGCAUCUGCAGCCGCCGCGGCAUGGGCCAAGGAGCUGUUGCGGAAUAUCCAACCGUCAUUGUUGUCCAACGAGAACACAAUUGAUGAGCAGACUAGUUCGUAG